AUAUAUAGGCCUAUAUGGUGAAAUAUCCCUUUAAUGCAGAAGAAGGCUACAGAACUGAACUGAAUAGUAAAAACAGAAGUGGUCUUUUGUCAGUUAGAUGACGUGUUUUGACAAAAAGCUCAGGCCAGUAGAUUCUCAUUGAGGAAUAAUUUGUUGCAUCUGGAGGGCUGUUGGGUGGAGGCUGGAUUUUGGCAUCCGUUGCGUGUGUGUGUGUGUGUUUCUAAAGGUGGGACGUUGCAUCACUGGAGAGUCUGUUGAGGACACAAAAGCAGCGUUAUGCCCUGGUCAUGUGAUGCCUGUUCAGAAAGCUCCGACCAUGUGAUCCUGCCUCACAGAAUGCUGAGUCGAACUUACAAACGCUGCCUCACCCUUGAGAUGUGAGCAUGAUAGAGAGAAAGACUGAGAAAGGAAAGAUUCAGAGCCAUUAAAGAAAAAAGACGUAGAGAAACAGGUGUGGACGACAAAACAGGAAAUGAAAGCAAUAGUGUGCAACAACUCUACGGUGCAGACUACGUGCACUUCUCUCAUUCGGUCUUUACUCACUCUUUCCCUGAUGGUGCUGUGGGGAAGGUGUCUAUCUUUUCUGGAGUCAGUUUUUUGGAAUGUGGAGAUAUUGCAAGGACAAGGAGUGGACCAGGAAUGUCUUAGGGAAUUGGAAUAUGUCUUGGAAUGGAAGAGGAACACGGUGGAAUUCCACAGCUGCACCAGGAACAAUAGUCCUGGAGUUUGCCACAGGGGGUCAGCAGAGUGUGGGGUAUGAGUGAUGACGUCUGUGGUGCUUGUAGAUAGUGGAGGAGCAGUGGUGGAGUAUGUUACUGCAGUGGAUGACCAUAUACCGGAGGAGGGUGUGUAUGAGGUUGAGGGUGAAACAGAGGAAGAGGUGGAAGGAGAGGUGGAGUACCCUGCGGUGAUCGUGGAGCCGGUGCCCGGUGCGCGGUUGGAGCAGGGCUUCGCUGCUCAGGUGCUGGUGUACGAUGAUGAGACCUACCUGAUGCAGGGAGUGGCUGAGGAGCAGGAGGUGGAGACAGAAGUGCUGGAGACAGUGGAAGCAUCAGUUCAUGGCUCUGUGCAGUGCUCAGAUAAAACCAUUGAGGCUGCUGAAGCUCUUCUGCACAUGGACUCUCCCUCCAGCUUGCGUGGAGACCGGAGCCCAGAGGCGUUUGUGCCUCCAUGUGUCAACACUUCGGAGUUCCUGCAUGCUGCCAUGCGACCUGACGUUCUGACAGAGACCGUGGUGGAGGUCAGCACAGAGGACUCGGAGCCUAUGGAAGUGGUUACGGUUCUUCAGGAACCUGAGAUUUUGGAGACGGAACCCACUAAGAGAAGAAAAUCUGGGCGAAAACCCAAACCCCAUCACAUUUCAAACGGAUCUCCAGAUCUGGGCAUCAAGAAGAAGUCCAGAGAAGGGAAAGGAAGUACAUACCUGUGGGAGUUCCUGUUGGACCUGCUGCAGGAUAAGAACACCUGUCCCAGAUACAUUAAGUGGACACAGAGGGAGAAGGGCAUCUUCAAGCUGGUGGACUCUAAAGCCGUGUCAAAGCUCUGGGGCAAACACAAGAACAAACCAGACAUGAACUAUGAAACCAUGGGCAGAGCGCUCAGGUAUUACUAUCAGAGAGGUAUCUUGGCUAAAGUAGAGGGUCAGAGGUUGGUGUAUCAGUUUAAGGAAAUGCCUAAAGACAUUGUUGUCAUCGAUGAUGAUAAGUGCGACCCAGGCGAUGGCGUGAUUGGAGAGAAGACCUACGAGCGCGUUCCUCCCUCAUCUGACACUCUAUUGGCAGCUGACCUCUCCAAAACCCCUGCCACCUUGAGAGGGGGCGGAAGGACUGUGGUCCAUCUGGGAUCCCCAAAAGCUAAAGCUGCACUCAAUGCAACUCCUCUUCAGCGCAUUGUAACGGUCUCCACGUCAACAGAUCCAUCACAGCCGUCCCAUACCACCUUUAUCCCCAGUGCCAAUGCACCCAGGACUGUGCGGGUUGCUAUGCAAAUGCCGGUCGUCAUGACAAACUCCUUAGGACAGAAGAUCUCCACUGUGGCCGUGCAGUCAACAAACCCUUCGCUCCUCACCACAGCACCUACCAACACCGGCUCAGCAACUGGUGCGAAUGCACCCAAAGUCCUAAUCCAGACCAUGCCAACGAUGGUUCCCGCCACAGCUGAGAACGGUGACAAGAUCACAGUCCAGCUCGCCAAGAUAAUCACCAUCCCCGCAACCCAGCUCACGCAGUGCCAGCUACAAACCAAACCGGGCACCCCAACAGGCAUCAAUCUGAUGGGCACCCCUCUCGCCGUCCGAGCCCUUACGCCCGUGUCUGUGGCAUCAGGGACGCAGGUGGUCAGAUUGGCAGUUCCAGCCCAACAGAGUCCAGCUCAGGCAAAGACGCAGAUCCCUGUUUCAAUCCAGACGCAAACUCAAGUCCCAAUCUCCAUCCAGACGGCAUCAACUCCGGCGUCAGUUCCAGUUCAGAUCCAGAUUCACCAGAGUCAGCUUUCUCCAAAAGCAAAAAGCGUAGCUCAGAUCUCAGAGUCGAAACACGACAGCACUUCGGCAGAACAGCCUGAGCAGGACAAUCCCACACAGGACGCAGCAGCAGUGGUGAUAGAAGAAGGUUCAAAACCACAAUCCGAAGCAGACAGCUGAAGAGCGUUUCGUCAGUCAUGAACAAUAAUAAAUGAACUUCUAGUCCCCAGAUACUCUUGUCACAUUCUGGAGUACAAACUGGAGAUUAGUUGACUUGUACAGUGUGGUUUCAUUUUAUAUAUAUAUAUUAAAAAACAAAAUUAGGCAAAGACCACACUUCUCACAUCAUGUGGAUUAAAUCUGGAUGUCCAUCAUUUCAAUUGAGUUGUUAAAGGGACCAAUGUAAAGAACACUACACUUCUCCCUUUUUUUUCUUUUUAAUCUUACUUUGACACUAAGAACAGCUAAGCAGAACACUAAGGAGUGAGUAGAUGAAGUAGUCAAGUAUGUGAACUUUUGAGGGAGGAUAAAUUCAACUUUUUAUAACUUGUAUAAAGUAGUUUUUUUUCUUUAACAUUAAAAUUGCAAGGCAAAACCAGCAAGAUUCUUUUGAUAAUCACUGUGAGUGCACACUUCUGCCCGUGUUUCACAGGAACAUGUUCUACUAAGGGAAGAAAUGGACAUUGUAAAUAUGAAUUAUACAGUUUACUGAAUUUAUAAACAAUGCAGCCUCAGAACAUUUUUUUUUAGUUUUUUUUUUAAUUUUUCAAGUCAAACGUAAUGUUUUUUUUUUUUUUUUUUUUCUCACACACAGUAUCCAGCACAGUAUUAUUGGCAAACAAACUGCAAAUAAUUUUUUUGCAUUGUUGUCUCAAAUCACCUGCAAGAAAAACAAAAAAUGGUUGUACCAUUUAGGUGUUAUCAAAUCCAGAUCCAAAUCCCGGAAUGAUGCCAGUUGGUCAAAACAAUGAGAAAGAAAGAUCAGUUUGGCAGCAUGCAUCCUCACUGCGAAUACAUUUCCUGCGCAUUUGUAUUCUUUUGCUUUUUAUUAGUCCUUAAAGAGGGAGAACAAGAUGUUUGUGUUAAGAAUGAUCUAGUUUGUAUAUUCAACAUUUGAAGUAUAUUCUAUUUUGUUGUACUCUUGUUCCAAAGUGUACUCGAGUAGAUUUUACUCAAAUACAAAAAAUAUUCCUGAA